AGGCACAGACCAGACGCGGCAAGGCACCGAAAAACUGACGUGUUUUGCGCAUUUCCUGCACCACGUUCAGAAGGUCGGGGGAGGUAGCGGUAGGUCUGCAGGAAACUAAACAACAACGGCAAGAAAAAAUCUCAAGACGACCGGGAACACACAAAAACUGAGUAAACCACAACUGAGAGUCAACCUGCAACUAUUUAUUAUUCAAGCUGUUCACAAGUCGCCGUGGUCUGUAGAGAAACAUCCCAAAUGCGGGGCGAGGCGGCAGGAGUCGUCCUCUCUCCCACCCAACGGUGCAGUACGAGUGCUUCCAGAGCCUGACGGAGUAGUUGCGUUGGACCAGCUUUUAUAUAUUUUACUGUAGCCUAACUGAUUAUGGUAAUAGUAGGCUGUUGAUUUUCCGACAGCUUCAUUGACUCUGUUCCUUGCGUUUUGAGCUUCCCUGGGCUUAGCCAAUGUCGAGUUUAUUAGGGGAGGCUUUGUCUGGUUAAACCCAAAUGUGGAUUAUCACUGCGAAACCCAAUACUUUGAAAGACCAAAAACUAAACGUUUUACUCUGUCUCAACUGUUUCAGAACAUCUGAUUUGUACGCACUGAUAUGUGCGUGGUGAAGUGAGACAGGGCCGUUUUUCAUUAGAAAGAUAAAACUGCACUAAAUCAUCGGUCUUCGUUUGAGGAUUUAACAGCGACUAGUUGCAUUAGUCUGUUUAUCGCCAUUUAACGUGGCUGGGUUGGCGGAAUACUUUGCAAAUAGCAAUUGAUUCCAAUUGAGUGGAAUCACAUCACCGCCAUGGUGGUAUUCAAUGGGUUACUGAAGAUCAAGAUUUGUGAGGCGUUGGACUUGAAGCCGACAGCUUGGUCUCUAAGGCAUGCAGUUGGCCCAAAGACACCGACUUUCCUCCUCGACACAUACAUUGCUCUGAACGUGGACGACUCCCGUGUCGGCCAGACCUCCACAAAGCAGAAAAACAACAGUCCUACGUGGAACGAUGAGUUUGUUACAGAGGUGCACGAAGGACGGAAAAUCGAACUGUCUGUCUUUCACGACGCACCAAUUGGAUAUGACGAUUUUGUAGCCAACUGCAUCAUACAGUUCGAGGAUAUACUGCAGAAUGGCAGUAAACACUUCGAGGACUGGAUCGACUUGGAGCCAGAGGGAAAAGUGUACGUGGUCAUCGACCUGUCUGGCUCUCCAGUGAAGGACCGUCUGUUCUUCGUGAUGGAGUACGUGAACGGAGGUGACCUGAUGUUUCAGAUCCAGCGCUCACGCAAAUUUGACGAGGCACGCUCCCGCUUCUACGCCGCUGAGGUCACGUCGGCACUUAUGUUCCUGCACCAUCACGGAGUCAUCUACAGAGAUCUGAAGCUGGAUAACAUCCUGCUGGAUGCGGACGGCCACUGUAAGCUGGCAGACUUUGGCAUGUGCAAGGAGGGCAUCCUAAAUGGGGUCACCACCACCACCUUCUGUGGCACGCCCGACUACAUCGCUCCUGAGAUCCUUCAGGAGCUGGAGUACGGCCCUUCGGUGGACUGGUGGGCUCUGGGGGUGCUGAUGUACGAGAUGAUGGCCGGACAGCCUCCCUUUGAGGCGGACAACGAGGACGACCUCUUUGAGUCCAUCCUCCACGACGACGUGCUGUACCCCGUGUGGCUGAGCAAGGAGGCCGUGUCCAUCCUCAAAGCGUUCAUGACCAAGAGUCCCAGCAAGCGUCUGGGCUGCGUGGUGACUCACGGGCAAGAGGAGGCCAUCAAGGUCCACCCCUUCUUCAAGGAGAUCGACUGGGUCAUGCUGGAGCAGAGACGGAUCAAGCCGCCUUUUAAACCUCGCAUUAAAACCAAAAGGGACGUGAACAACUUUGACCAGGACUUCACCCGCGAGGAGCCCAUCCUGACGCCCAUGGAAGACACCAUCAUCAAGCAGAUCAACCAGGAGGAGUUCAAGGGCUUCUCCUACUUUGGAGAAGAGACCCUGUCCUCCUAGGGCCUGUCGGGACACUGCCCCACAAUCCCAUUCAGGAGCCCCUCUUCACCACUUCCUGCCCACCACACACACUCGCUCAAGAGUUUAGACGCAUACAGAUGUGAAACACACACGCCCACGCACACGCAAAUAGCCACAGCGGUGUAACACGUGCACACACACACACACACACACACAGAGACAGCUGUGAAAUAUGCUGUGAACAAACACACAUGCACACGUAAAUGCAGAUUUGACCCAUGCGAUUGCAUUGACACUGCCGCUUAUUGUCACACGCAAACACUAUACACACACUUAGGAAGGCACAUACAAACACACUCAACUACUAAGAAUGAAAACUAAGAAGGAGUUAUUUCUUUAAUUGUACCCAGGUCUAACUUUAGUCUGGUCUAACUUUAGUCUGGUCUAACUCCAGAGCUUAAGUCAGAUCGUUUGAAGUCUCCAUCGGGUUUUUGUAUGUCUGUCACUCCAUCCAUGCACGUUUCAUGCAGAUGUUAGAGCAUCAUCCAAAUUUGAUGUCAAAUACUGUAGGAACCCCAAAUGUUCUGGUCUGGACCACCUGUGAUCCAAUCAGAAUAGUGGACCACACCAAAGUCUUUGAGGCACAGGGGUGGAUGGAGAUUAGUCAGGGUUGGUAACAGUGACCCGUCCAGUGGAAUCUGAGACACACAGAUUGCUGUGUCAUUGCAUGUAUAAACUGCCAUGUCACAGCGUAUUAUACGCUGGAUGCGUACAGAUCGCCAUGUCAUGGAGUGUAAUGUAUAGAGGAGGUCAGAGGUCACAAGCUCCCGAUUAGUCAUUGCAGCCAUGUGAUCUCCAUAUCCCAGUUGUACAAUAUUCCACAGCCAACCAAUUCUCUACGGUGUUACAGUAAAUUACAUGAGUUCCUAUGAAUUAUUUUUUUUUUUGUCUGUAGCGAGUCUUACUGUGUUCUAGAAUGUCCUCCUAAUCCUUCUCCUUCCCUCUGCUGCACCUGAAUGCCAAAAACAAAAUAAACAACACAAAAAAAGAACCAAAUCCUUACAACCAACGAUUGUAUGAAAGUUUGAAACUUUCUCCAAGCCAAUUGGUUCACCGUAAGGAGAGAUAGAAUGCAGUAAGGGUUUAGACUGUGUUCCUGUUUCCGCAAAGAUCAAACAGCAAGCAGAAUGAGUCUUUGUACAGUACUUCCAAUGCCUUGUGUGUGUAACUGUCCUCCAGUUACCUACUGUAGAUAUGUCCACAGUAUUACUAUAUUCUUGAUCCACAUCCUCCAAAUGAAUGUCAUGAAUUUCAGUGUAGAUGAAUGUGCUUGUAUGCAUGACCGGUGAUGAGGGUUAGCAAGCGUCUGAAUGUAUCAGAUCUGUGCGUCUGUGCCUGUGAGCGUGUUGUGUGCUGUGUGUGUGUGCAUGUUGUGUGUGUGUGUGUGUGCGCGGGUUGUGUGUAAGCACGUGUGCGUGUCCAACAUAGGCCAGAGGUCCAUAAGAAGUGCCCUCUUGAAGCUUUUAAAAUGGCGUAGCUGUCGUCUCUUUAUUUUAUUUUAUUUAAAACGUUCCGAUUUGUUGUUGUUGUGGUGAUUUUACUGGAUCGUCUUGUUGCUGAGCUUCUGAAAUCCUGGAUUUCUUCUCUAUGCAACAAGACUGACUGAGACUGAUAGGAGCCCACGUCUGUGUCUCUGUACAGGUCCUUUGUGUAUAUAAGCUUGUAUGUGAAUCCUGAUGAGAAUGUCUCAUCUGUUGCAUGGUCAAACCUACAAUAUUACUGUGUAUUACUAGAAUAUGAAAAAGUUACAAUGUCCACGUGCAAUACUCUGUGUGUGUGUGUGUGUGUGUGUUGGUAUGUCUUUAUUCUACCUUCCUUUCCUCAGGGCAGGUGUUUUAAUUCCUCUUCCUCUCUCUGGCUUCUGACGAUAUUUCUUUGGUUUGAUUUUCGUUUUUUAAAUGCAUGGCUCUUUAUUUUGUGAGUUGGUGAUUGGCUGAUGCUUACCUCUCAUCCCACCAUCCAACCUUCCAUCUGCUGACUCCGACCUGUUGUCCGUCCGUAACCCUAAUACGUGCUGACAGUACAACACCUGACUGAUGUAGCGGUCUGGGGGGGUUGGCCUUCAUACUGUGUAUCUCUAGCACAGUACACUCAGUGUCAGUGGUCUUCCCGAAGGUACAAAGUCCUGUUGUUACGAGUUGUUGCGAGAACGUUCCACUUCCAGUUGGGUGUGGAGAAGGACCCCGUGGUUGUGAUGUCGACACCACCGCGACAAACUGCUUUGCAGCUCGUCCUCCAGUAACACUGUGGUACUGUUGGUUCAAAAUACUCAGUAGUACUAAUAGCAGAUUCUACACUAGUGGGGCUAGUGAUAGUAGCAGUAUUUACAGGAGUAGUAGUACUGUAGUAUUUGUAGUGGUAGUAAAAGUGGCAGUACUACAAAAAAAAUGAUUAGCAGCCAGUAUAAUAAUGGGAACAUCAGCCUUGGUGGCAGGUAUUGCAAGACAACAGAAGCAGAUGCCAUAGCAACAGUAGUUGUGAUGAAUAUUUACUGUCAUUGUAUAAGCGGUCACUGAAGUACAGUAGGCCAGAGUACAGAGAUAGUCCUCAGAACAUAGUGAUACCUACUGUUUACUUUUUAAGGCAUAUGUAGAGCCCCUUUAGAGAUAAAUGAUAAAGCUUUUGUGUGGAUGAAUCCCACUUUAACACUCAUCUCCUGGGCUUGAGUAACAUCCUGUUCCAUCUUACCCUGUUCUUCUCUGCUCUAUCCCUACAUCACUGGCUCACCUCUAUUUUCUUCCAUCUCAACAUGGGAUGUCCUAUCUUGUCCUGGUCUCCGGUCUUCGUAUGUGUGUGUGUGUGUGUGUGUGUUUAUGUCAGACGACAGACAUGCUGUCCCUCACCGACCCAGAGGCAUAGUUCCCAGUGUUCUCACACUCCAAGUCAAACCCACAACUCUUCAUCCCAUUCUCCUCUUCGCCGUGUAAAGGUUUGACAGGGAGGAAGGUGAAAGAUGAAAUACACCAUAGGAAGCUCGUACUGGUCUGAAGAAGAUUAAAUUAUGUCUGGCUGUGUAUCAUUUAUUUUUCUAAACAGUGCAUCCAAACCUAGUUCCAUCGCUGGGUCAUAUGUGUUCUGUUGUUGUAUGUAGUGUUUUCAUUUCCGGUUUCUGUAUUUGUGAAGCUUUAUAUGUACAGUUUGUCACCUGACAGAUGGGGUUAUCUCUUUCUUUUGGUUUUAUGUCAGUUCCUUUGUCAUUCAUUAGUGUUAUGUCAGUGUAAGCAUUUCGCUGUGUGCCAAAUGUACUGUAUUCUAAAAGAUGUGAAUGUGUAUCAUUAGUUUUUGGAACCUAUUAAAUAUGAUGUAAAAAAAGAAAUAAAUUGUAUUAUUUUGUUGUAA